AUGGAGAAAAAAACUGACUCAAAUGAGCACAGCUGCAAGGAACCGAUUCUGCACAAUAUCGUUCCCUCUGUGAAUGAUGAGUUGAAACCAGGUGCAUAUGAUCCUGCCCUCAAAUGGUGGACCUAUGAUAUAACCACCACAUUUUCCGUGGUUCAACUCGAAGACCCCACAAUUGGUGUUACUGCUGAUGAUGUUCCGAGGCGUGCAAGGGAAUUGGGUGACAACAAGAUUCCUAUAUCUGGUGGUCCAAGUGCUUUGUGGAUUCUUUGCCGACAGUUUAUGAACAGUAUCACCGUUAUAUUGACAAUCGUUAUUGUUAUCAGCGCAGUUUUUAAGGAUUGGGCAGAGUUCGGUGUUGUGCUAUUUAUUUUGCUAUUUAACGCCCUCUUGGGAUUUUAUCAAGAGUACGGCGCAGAAAAGUCUCUCCAAAGUCUUAAGGAAAUGACGGCAGGUAGUGCAAAAGUUCUGCGUGACAGUGCUGCCCAAAUUAUAUUUAUUGAUGAGGUCGUUGUUGGUGAUAUUAUUAUUUUAGAGCAAGGUUCUUCCGUACCAGCUGAUUGCCGCAUUGUAGAAAACAAUGGGUUAGAAGUGGAUGAGGCACUUCUUACAGGUGAGGCAAUGCCGGUAGUAAAACACACGAAUGUCAUCCCUGAUCCUGAUGGUAAUUGUGCAUUGGGUGACCGCAAGAAUAUGGUGUACCGCAAUACACUGGUUACACAAGGACGUGGAAAGGCCGUUGUUGUGGCUGCUGGUCUUAGUACCGAGAUGGGAAAAUUGGCUGAACGGCUCACUGAUGAUGAAGGUACAGGAAAGACUCAACUAAUGAAAACAUUAGAUUAUAUGAUGUAUUUUCUUUUUGGUUGUUGUGUGGUCUUGGCUAUUAUUGUGUUUGCUACAAAUAAGUUUAAAUAUCAUCCAACUACUUUAUCUUACGCAACAGCAGUCGCCAUCGCCAUUUUACCCGAAUCACUUGUUGCUGUGAUAACGGUAUCUAUGACGGUUUCUGUAAAGAGAAUGGCGAAGCAAAAAUGUAUUGUACGCAAAUUGUCUGUAUUGGAAGUCCUUGGUAAUGUAACAGAUAUUUGUUCUGAUAAAACCGGAACACUAACAGAAAACAAGAUGGUAGUUAAAAAAGCAGUUAUCGGCAUCAGUGACGAGUUCGUCGUGACAGGAGCUCCAUAUGAUCGACAUGGUUUUUUUGUACGAGAGAGUAAUAGUGAUGAACACGUGAAUCUAAAAGAGUCAUAUAAUACCAAUAAAGCAGUUUAUGAAUUUAUGAGAUGUGCUGCUCUCUGCAGCAGUACCACUCUUCAUAUUGAUGAAAAUGAUGCAGAUCAUCUUGUGGGUAGUGGUAACCCGACAGAGGUGGCUAUUCAAGUGAUGACAUGGAAAGCUGAACUUCACCGUGAUAUGUUUGAAGAUGAGGGAUGGGAAUGUAUAGCAGAGUAUCCAUUUGAUUCAAAGAUUAAGCGUAUGUCUACUGGAUGGUAUCACAAAGAAAGAAACGAGUUGUACCUUUCUACAAAGGGUGCCCCAGAGCGUGUGCUUGACCUUUGCGCGUCCAAGAUAUCCGAAUCUGGGAGUAUUGACACUCUAGCCGAUGAUGAACGUCAGAAAGUGGAAGAGCAUGUCAAAGAUUUGGCAUCUCAGGGUCUUCGUACGAUAUGUUUUUCAAUGAGACCAUGUUCUUUACAACAAUUUCCUAUUCCAGAAGAAGAUUCCUUUAUUAUGGCACACACUCGUGAGGUUGUUGAACAGGACUUGGUGUUUCUUGGCCUUGUUGGUAUCUACGACCCUCCGCGACCGGAAUCAAAACCUUCUGUGAUUGCUUGCCAGCAUGCUGGUAUUGUAGUACGUAUGUUAACUGGUGAUCACGUUUCGACAGCCGGAAGUAUUGCUGUAAUGCUUAAUAUAAUUGGCAAACGUGACAUAAGUAAUCCUUUGAAGCUCCAAAAUGGGCCUGAUUUUGACAGAGUGGAAAUGGAGACGAUUGCUCAAUGGGAAGAUCUCCCACUGGUUGUUGGUCGUUGCUCACCAGAAUCCAAGGUGAAGAUGAUUGAUAGUCUUCAUAAACGUAAACGUGUUGUGGCAAUGACAGGGGAUGGUUUUAAUGAUUCACCAAGUAUUAAAAUUGCUGAUGUUGGUUGUGCAAUGGGGUCUGGUACUGAUGUCACAAAAGGUGUUGCUGACCUUAUCAUUACAGACGAUAACUUCGCCACAAUUGUAAAGGCUGUGGCUGAAGGAAGACGCAUUUCACAAAAUAUAAGAAAAUUUGUGGUCCAUCUGCUUUCCAGCAACGUUGCAGAAGUUAUUGCACUUAUUUGCGGUCUUCCAAUACGUUAUAUGGAAGCUCCUUUAUUUGUAUUAUCACCUAUUGAAAUUCUGUGGUUAAACAUGUUUACAUCUGCACCACCCGCUACUGGUCUUUCUUUAGAUGCUGCCAGCUCAGAUGUGCUCCUUGUGCCUCCAAAUACUGCUGGUUUAUUUACAGUAGAACUUGUGGCUGACACUCUUGUGUAUGGAUUCUGGCUUGGUGCAUUCGCUUUAUGCGGUUUUGUUUUUAUUUUGUACGGCAUUGAUAAUGGACCAACUGGUACUGAUUGUAAUUCACAUAGUGGUGUUGGCUGUGAAAAGAUCUGGCAAGCACGUGCGACUGCGUUUGGAAUACUGUACUUUGGGCUAUUAAUUCAUUCCUACACUGUGCGACAUCCCCGACUAUCUGUUUUCCGUAUGAAAUGGUUUGAUAAUCGUUGGAUUUACGGUUCUGUAAUUGUUGGAACUAUCUUGUUCAUUCCAAUUGUAUAUGUUAACCCCAUUGCCCAUGGACUCUUCGUGCAUCACAUGCUUACCUGGCAUUGGGGAGUUCUCGCGAUUCUCUUGAUCCUCUUUCUAUUCUGUUGUGAGAUGUACAAAAUACUGAAGAAUUGCUGCUUCCCACUUAAACACGUCACUGUGCCUCAAGACGAGGAAAUAGAAGAAGAGUACCGACGGUUCGCUGUUCCAGAACACGACACAAGAGAUGUAGUAAGCAUUGCCCAGGAAGAUCUGCGUAUGUCGUUUGCAUCAUUUGCCGGAAGCAUUAAUAGCGCUGGAACGCACAGAAACCGAAUGUCAUUUGGUAAGAAGAAAAAAUAG